AUGUCGGACUCCAAUCGCCCCCGUGGACGUUCCCGCAAGGGACUUUCGGUCGACUUCAAAGGGCUUCGGCUUUAUGACGACUACGGGAACGUUGAAUACCAACAUGAGCCAUUAAACUCGUCCAACAAGGAAAAGGAGGUUCACCGCGGAAGGAGCGGGCGUGAACAGUCUCCAGGACGCUACAGGGUCGAGGAAACGGACGGCCAUCACCACCGGAAAGACCAUAGGAGGCAUAAUUCCAUACAUCACAACGUCGACGAGGAUAUAAAGCACCAUACACGCUCCAAGAAUUGGGAACACUCCCGGCACCAUGAUCGUCAUAGCACAGGCGGAGAUCCGGUGGUGAGACGUGAACAGAGGCACGGUGCUGAGGUCCCUACUGAGAGGCCCCGCUAUCAGGAGUACCGCCAACCUAGAUAUGACAGAGGUCCCCAUACUCUGAGGCAUAAACGCAGUGUGAGUAUGGGAGAUAUCCCAAGGAAUGUCCAGCAGAGACACCGUCACCGUCACCACGACUCCGAAGAGGUUAUGGCUAGUCCUGCAAGGCAUCACCACCACCAUUACGAUCAAGAGGAUAUCGAUAGUUCAUCGAGGCGCCACCGCUCUCACACGGUCCAUGACCAUCCCGGAACGACUGAUACUUCGCACUAUCACGGCGAAGAGGCUGCUGCGAGUUCAUCGAGGCGCCAUUACUCUCACAGGGUUGCCGAACCUUCUCACGAGACUAAGGCUCCGUACGAUCGUGGCGAAAGAUCUCACAGAAGAUCAGAAUCCGCCAAUCGCGACGAGCCCCGCGCUGUCUACAUUCCGGUUACCCAAACCAUGUAUGAUGUACGUGCUCAGAUCGCUGGGACCGGAAGAUCGAUCAAAGAGGUCUAUGCGGCCGGACAAUACACAAAGGACAAUGCCACUAUGUAUUACCACGUCGACCUCGACCAGUGGCUCGCGUACCCACCUGCUGGCCCAAGUCAGACUCGUGAAAAGAGUAGACACGCGAGACAUCGCUCUAUCGAGAGGUUGGUUGACAUCGGGAGCAGGGUCUACAGGAAGGUGAAGGAGCAUGUGGAGGCCGGGAGUGAUGAGUUUGCCAGAGGAUGGAAGAGGUCGUACGACAACCUUACGGAUGCCGAAAAGACUGCCACUCGCCAGGCGGAGAAAGAUGAGCGCUGGGAAGAAGCUGUCAGGAAGCACGAGAAGAUCGCGAGGAGGUCUUCCGGGUGGGAUGAGUGCUUCGGAGACUCCUAG